CUAAAUGGACAGACUUAGUGUAACAAAAGUCACACUCGAUCGGCUUCGAGUCUGAAGUCUGAUGAAGAUAGUUUUGAAGUUCAGACGUUCUUGGUCCAUAAGCAUUCACUGUUUUGGAGAGGUAGCAGCAGUAUCAGAGACCGUAAAAAUUACUGAUGUGGUUAUCACUUAUUUAUAUAAAAACAUCCCAAGUUAUACAGGACUGUGAACUGGGUCUGGCUGGGAUGGAUUUCAUUUUCUUCACAGCAGCCCGUGAGGUGCUGUGUUUUGCAUUUGUGCCUGAAACAGUUUUGAUAACGCAGGAAUCAGUGCUUGGGCACUGUGAAGGCUUUCUUUUUUUCCCACUCUGCACCUGCCCCAGCGAAGAGGCUGAGGGUGGGCAAGAAGUGGGGAGGGGAGACAGCUGGGACAGCUGACCCAAGCUGGCCAGGGGGCUACUGCAUGCCCUGCAACGCCACGCUCUGCAGUAAAAGCUGGGGGAGAGGAAGAAGGGUUUUGUUUUUUCUUCAGCUUCCAAGGUGGCUGUUGCUUAGGGACUGGCUGGGCAUCAGUCUGCUUGUGGAAGGUGGUGAAUGACUUCCAUUGCAUUGCUUGUUUGUUUGGGUUUUUUCCUCUUUCUUCACCUGUUAAACUGCCUUUAUAUUGCUCACAGAGUUUUCCUGCUUUUGCUCUUCCUGUUCUCUCCCCUGUCCUGCUCAGGGGGGACUGGGGGCAGUGGGAUGAGACCAGACCGAGCAAUGGCUGUGUGGGUGCUUUGCUGUUGGCUAGAGGAUCUUAAACCAAAUAAUUUGUUGUUAGAUGAAAAUGGGGUAUUAAAAUUGGCUGACUUUGGUUUGGCAAAAUCUUUUGGAAGCCCAAAUAGAGUUUAUACACACCAGGUAGUAACAAGGUGGUACCGAGCCCCAGAGCUAUUGUUUGGUGCUAGAAUGUAUGGUGUUGGUGUUGACAUGUGGGCUGUUGGUUGUAUUUUAGCUGAAUUGCUCCUCAGGGUUCCUUUUUUACCCGGAGACUCUGAUCUUGACCAGCUGACAAGGAUAUUUGAAACACUGGGUACACCAACGGAAGAGCAGUGGCCUGGGAUGACAAGUCUUCCAGAUUAUGUCACAUUUAAGUCUUUCCCUGGAAUGCCACUUCAACAUAUCUUCAGUGCAGCUGGUGAUGAUUUGCUUAAUCUUCUGCAAGGCUUAUUCACGUUUAAUCCUUGCACUAGGGUUACGGCUACUCAGGCAUUGAAACAGAAGUAUUUUAGUAACCGACCAGGACCAACUCCAGGAAAUCAGCUGCCGAGACCAAACUGUCCUGCAGAAGCUGUAAAGGAGCAACAAAAUGCACUUUUAAAUUUAAAAAGGAAAAGAACAGAAGGAAUAGACCAAGGUAACCUGUUAAUGUUUCACCUGUUGUAAAAUAGGGGCUACAUGCUCAGAGAGAAUGUGAUACUUCCAGUGUUUCAGAACAAAAACUCUCUGAAUGGACUACAUCCCUGGGCACCACCACUAGCUGAAGCCCUUUAAUGAUUUAUGUUUUAGGAUAAAUGCUUUAGGGCAAGAAAGACUUAGUUCUGUGAUCUAACAGAACUGGUACAAAAAAGGCUCUCUUAUGACCCUUAGGAAUCUAUUUGUUGGAAGAAAUACCUAAUUCUGUAAAUUUCUGUAAUGGAGUGUGCUACUACCCAGUAAAUUACAGGCUAUUACAAUGCCCUUUUUUAUUUUUCUGAGACCUCUUACUGAGCUGUGAAUAACUUUACAUCACUUAAAACAAAAAAGGGGUGAGAAGGAGAAAGAUAGCAUGUUAUUCUUUCAAGUGACAGACUGGAGAAUAUUAAUCAGCUUCAGAAAAGAGAUUUCUGCUCUCUAUCUCUUAGACUAAGCAAAUUAACUGUUAAGAUCGCUCUGCGUAAGGAACAUCAAGCAUGUUUCUGUGGCCCUUUUAAAAGGCAAGCUUAUUUCCUAACAUUUACUUCUACUUGGAGCCUCCAGUCUUCCCCAAACAGUGGCAUGUACUUCAUAUCUUCAUGGCAAGGAAAGCUCUGAGGACUCAAGACCUGUAUCUGACACUAAAUUACUCAGACCUUCUAGUAGAGAGGCAAAUACUGGAUCUUGGAGUUGGUUGUCUUAACAGCUGGAAUAUACAAGAUAGCAGCUGUCAGGUUAGCAUCAGCUUUUUUUUAUAUCCAGUAUGAGACUCUGUUUUGAUGCAAGAGUGAUAUCUUUUGGGAAUGGAUGUGCUUCCGUGAAAGUGCAUUUCGUCUUGAAUUCAGAGACACAGCUGUUUAUCGAACAUAUAUAAAACUACACAUACUCCUUUUCUGGGUUAAAUAAAGGUGGCCCAUCCACCUUGGCAAAGACUGGUCGUUAACGUCUUUUGGCAGGAAAUGUAGAUGAUGUGUCAUGAUUCCAAACUCAUAACAUCCCUACAUACUAUCACACCCUAACUUACGCCCUUUUGCCCAAGCUUUUAUCACCCUAGGCACUCUCCAGUGGAGUCCAACUCCUGCCUUAGAUAGAAGAAAUCAGUUUAUUUACAGUCAAUCAAAUAGUACAGUUACAAUCUAUUUAUUCAUUAUGAUCUUAAACAGUCUGCGCUUGACUCACAAACAUGCACAAUAUCUACAGAGAGGUAGGUACCUCAUACACCUCUGGAAACACAGCCAACCUGUCAGUCCGGGUGGAAGGAUGAUACCAUUCCAGUCCUUCAAUCUUUGAAUUGUUAAACUCAUACGAAUUUAAAUUUAAUAUCUCUUCCACCAAUUUGUUGUGGUCUUUGAUGUUUUUAGUGACCAAUGAAUCACAGAAGUCCAAAGGACGUGUUUAUGUGGUCACCAAUAUGAAUGUAACCCGCAUCGGACGGCUCAUUUUGCCAAAUUAAUGUGAGGGUGUGCUAAAGCCAGACAGCAGCACCCUCCAAGGCUGCCAGACUGGGCCCAACUACUACCUGCGCUACAGGCUCUGGGCAACAAUACAAUCUUGGUGACGGAAAUCUUUCACCUUUUUACAUACUAUUGAAUGAUCAGUGAAGCCCAUUGAUAGGGCGGGAGGAACUAUGACCUCUGCCCCAGUGUUCAAGGAGUUCUCUUAGUUACCCCAGAAGGGUAUCCAGUGGGAUCACGAGGAGGUGUGACCUGCAGCUAUGCUUGGUUAGUAGUUAUGAUCCUGUCUUAAGAGAGUCAUAGUUACUCCCACCCAUUAUUAGAGUUUAACUUAGUUUUUGGCACUUAGACUUGUUUCAUAGUCUGUGUCAAAAAAUGCAUUAGUUCACUAGCUUAAGAUUCUAAUCUCAAAGAAAAAUUUAAUCAGUUUACUGUUUGCAUGCUCUUUGCUGACCCCGGUACUGUUGGUCAGCUGACACGUGGGAACUUGUCAGGUUACUGUAGCUUAGGUAAUUAAUUCAGCUCCUUUUGCAAGGGCCUGUGUGAGGGUCUGUGAUUAGUGUUUAGGAGUACAUGCCCUAAAAUAUGCUUGUUAACUAAAGGACAGGAAAGAGGAAGAAAUGCUUUCUUGAGUUCUGUAACUUAACCAUUUGAAGUCUUGCAUUUGACAACGAGCAGAGCUUCCAGAGCUGUAUCCAGCUCUGUAUCCAGAACACUUCAUUGUUUUAAUGUCUUUCCGAAAGUCAUCAUCUUCAGCAAGAGGAAAUCAGACUUGAGUGUUAAAUUCCAGGAGUUUUAAGAUUGGCUGUAACCAAGGCAUUUAGGAAGUCAGCAUUACUUUUUGAGACAGAUAUCUGAGUAUCAGUAUAAGAAGCAGUAUCACUUCCACUAAGCAGAAAUGGAAACAUAAUGGAUUUUCUGAUGUGGAUUUUCCAUUAUGCUCUGUUACUGCCUUAGCUGGACGCUCAGAACCAGAGGGUCUCAAAGGUAGAUCCUCUAGUGCCAAUGAAAGUUAAAGGAGAGAGACACAAUGCUAGAGCUAACAGAUCUGCUACCCUGGAUUUCAUCUGACAUCCUUGCAUGGCAUUAUCAUCUAAAGUUAAAAUCUGAAUAUUGGUUUGGAAGAACAAUCCUACAGCCUUCGUUUAAAUAAAAUUUGAAGCACAGAGUGUUUUUAUUGGUAUUGAGGGUAGAAAUGUGUAAUUUCAAAGAAAAAUAAGUUGCAUCCCCUGAAAUCCCUAGGCCGGCCUGUG